GCAACGAAGAUGAUGACCAUGAACGGCAAGCAGCACUUCUCCAUGCACCCUGCGCUGCACCCGAGCUCCGAGGGCAUGCGGCGGGUGUGCCUACCUGCCCCGCAGCUCCAGGGCAAUAUAUUCAGCGGCUUUGAUGAGAGUCUGCUGGCCCGCGCUGAAGCUCUGGCGGCGGCUGACAUCGUGUCUCACGGCAAGAGUCACCCUUUCAAGACGGACGUCACCUACCAUACCAUGAGCAGCGUGCCCUGCACCUCCUCUUCGUCCACAGUGCCCAUAUCUCACCCAUCAUCUAACCUCCCAUCGCAUCAUCACCACCACCUUAGCCACCAGACCCUGGAGGGGGACCUACUCGACCACAUUUCCUCAAGUUUAUCGGUCAGCGGCAUGGGGGCGCCGCCGGAUCCAUCGGUGAUGACCACUCAAGCUCAUCAGCAUCACCUGCAAAUGGGUCACUUACACCAAGCAAUGGCGAUGGGCCACCCGCACACCCUGUCGGUCCACAACGGCAUGGCGUGCGUCAACGACGUCGAGUCCGAUCCAAGAGAGCUGGAGGCGUUCGCGGAGAGGUUCAAGCAGCGGAGGAUAAAGUUAGGAGUGACCCAGGCGGAUGUGGGCUCUGCUCUCGCCAACCUGAAGAUACCGGGGGUCGGCUCGCUGAGCCAAAGCACCAUCUGCAGAUUCGAGUCCUUAACACUUUCACACAACAACAUGAUCGCCCUCAAACCCGUUCUCCAAGCUUGGCUGGAGGAGGCUGAAGCGGCUUACCGGGAGAAAAACGGGAAACCGGACCUUUUCAAUGGGAACGAGAGGAAACGAAAGCGCACGUCCAUCGCAGCUCCGGAGAAGCGAUCGCUCGAGGCAUAUUUUGCAAUCCAGCCGCGACCGUCGUCGGAAAAAAUCGCGGCUAUCGCGGAGAAGUUGGAUCUAAAGAAGAACGUGGUUCGGGUUUGGUUCUGUAAUCAACGGCAAAAACAGAAAAGGAUGAAGUAUUCAGCAGUGCACUAAUACUGUUAGAGCAAAGUAGACAUUUAGGAACACCACAGGGAUCUAAAUCUAUUUUCCCCAUAAUUAUAAGCCUAUAAUAUUUUUCACAUCGCCUCAGACUGGUGGAAACUGUGCGAAUUAUUCCAGGACGUCUGUAACCUUUAUAAAGCAUUGAUGCCCCUCUUUUAGAAGUCAUAACAAAUUUGUGUGGAUGAGGCAUGUCGUAUUUGAGUAUUUUUUAUUUUAUGUAGGUACAUGCAAAGUUUAACAGCUUUUCAAACGAUCCAGCAACCACAAAAGUUCAUAAAGUCGCCUAUGACUUUGGUUACCAAAGCAACACUAGUUGCUUGAGCGUUUUCAUUCAGCAAAUUUGCAUAAAACAAUGACCAAUUAGUCUCGGUUUAGUUUUAAAUACAGUUUAUCAUAGUAAUGCCGCAAAAGGCCAUUAUUAAUUUAUUUAUUCAUUUUUUAUUGGCGCGAGAUGUGUUAAACUAAGUGUUUAUCUCGAAAGGCCUUAACGCAAUUUGACACUGAACUCCGUUGAAUAAUUCGCACACUGUGAUGUACAAUUUCAAACUUGAAAGUAUGUUGAUCAUAUUUACACGCAGUGUUCAUGUUACUUUUUAGUUAU